AUUAAAUCAUAAAAGCAGGAGGAAUUGUAUGGUAACAAUGGGAAAAUGCUUUUGGUCCUUUAAGAACUUGCUAACAGUGAAGUACAUUCUUCCUUUCGAAGACCAACCGGAGCUCCUCAAAAGACCACCAAUUCAAUAUACUUUUAUUGAGGAUGAAGAUUGGACAAUAUUUGUCAAAGAUAGAUUGUCUGACAACUUUAAGGAAUAUCGAGAAAUUCAAAAAGAAAGAAGAAAGAGAAACAUUUAUAAUCACCAUCUAAGUAGGAAAGGAUAUGCCGGUCUUGAGGAAGAGAUGAUGGUUGCAAGUGGAUCAACUGAAACUAUUGAUCGAAGCAUAUUAUGGAAGAAAGCAAGGGAAAAAAAGGACGACACCUUUGAUGAAGUGGCCAUACCAGUAAUUGAGAAAAUAGACAAGCUAUUGAAAGUGUCUCAAGAGAAUGGUAGAAGUGUUAGUGGAAGUAAUGAUAUACUUGUGGAAGCAUUGGGUACUCCUGAGUAUAGUGGUCGAGUUAGGGCCAAAGGGAAGCACUACACACCUCGCCAAUAUUUCAAUAGUGCUGUAGAUCGUGCUGUCAGGGAUUUCAUAGCAGCAUCUAAAGAAGAACAAAGAAUAUUUCAGGCAGAAGUGCUAGCAAAACUGACUCAAGUAGGAGUUGUUACUCCCCAAUCUGAUGUUAGUAGUUCAAACAUGAAGCAAAAACAACUUCUCCUACCAGAAGCAGUGGAUAAGGCAAUCCGUAAAGUUGAAGAUGUGACCCCACCAGAAGCAAUAGAACCACAGAAGAAGGUUAGAAAAUGUGAGCUGGCCAUUGUGGACCCCGCAUUUUCGGAGAGUUGCAUAAGCAUGACAUCACCCACAAUCUCAAAUGGGACUCUAAAUGAUAGACUUAUCCCAAGUAACUCAGCACAUUCCCUCACCUGUAUCUUUUGA